CGGGAGGAGCUCUCCUGCACACGACUUUAUGCUUUCAUCGAGGACUCUAGCGGGCAGAAUUGCAAGGGCUACACGCGCGUCGACUUCUACUAAGGGCUCAAAGGAUGCUGUAUGGGACCGUUAUGCGACAAUAUGCCAAUUCUUUAGGCAGCACGGGACGCAAAGCCCCACAUAUACGGUUGCCAUUGCUCAUGUCAGGAAAUGCGACGCGUCAAUAGGCGUUACCCUCGGUCGCGGGAGAUAUGGUUGCUCUUUGCGCCAGUUCCAUGCCUCUUUAACGCGGUUUGAACAACAGAGCCGACGUUCAGAGACCGAGCCAGAACCGCCAAAUACUAGCACAAGGGCUUCCUCUGACGACCCUGCUGCACCCCCGGAUGGAGGUCCAAGCGCUGGCACUCCUCCUCGGUUAGACAAUUACCCGCCACUUUUCCAGCGACUCGCCAGGUCGCUGCCUCAUCCCCACAGGCCUACGCGCGAAGACUUCCUUCGCGUCGCGAAUAGCUUUUGGGACAGGCUGCGUAUCCGCUUUCGGUGGUUCACCAUCCGUUCGUUUCGCAGGUUUAACGCGGAUGAUAUAUCCGCGUUCGUAACGUGGUUUCUCAUGAGCCAGACGCUUUGGAUCUUUGUCGGAACUACCACUUUCUUCUCCGUGAUUCUUGCCACGGCGAAUAGCUUGCGAUUACAAGAAUAUGUUGCUCGUGCUAUCAGUAAUUAUCUCACUAAAGAGACCGGUAUAACGGUCAUCUUCGAAACCGCCAUCGUACCCAAGUGGAAAGACUCCCGCCUCUCACUCAAAAAUGUAUAUAUAUCAAGGCGGCCACCGUCUGUUCCCCCGCCUUCCAAAAUAUCCCGCGACCACACCGCUGCACUCGGGUAUGAUAUCAGUGGUCACCCAGCGAUACACGGCGUGGCGGGGGAGAUCGAUGAGGAGGAGGCGCUGGCUCACGUUGACCUGAGCGAAGAAGAUCUGAACUAUACGAUGUUCGAUCUGAAUGUGGAUGCUAUCGAAGUGACGCUGUCCCUUCCCCAAUGGUUGGAUGGUAAGGGCUUAAUCAAGGAUGCCGUAGUCAAAGGUGUUCGUGGCGUCAUCGAUCGACGCAAUGUAACAUGGGACCCGGACCAUCCCCUCGACCCUGCGCUGUUCCGGCACAAGCCCCAGCCGGGCGACUUUGAGCUCGAGUUUCUGCAACUCGAAGACGUUCUCGUGACCGUUUAUCAACCGGGCAACUUCCGCCCGUACACUGCAUCGAUCUUCCGCGCGGACAUCAGGAGAUUCCGGAAGCAGUGGCUGUUCUACGACUUCCUGAACGCCGAGAAUGUCGUCGGGCAGUUCGAUAACUGCCUUUUUAGCCUUCAUACGCCUCAGAGUAUCGGGCGGACGACGGAGAAGGAGCUAGGGGACGGAAAGUGGGGGAGAAUGUCUCGUUUACGCAUCGAUGGCGUCAAUAUUGAUCACCUGCAAUCCAUGACCACACUCGAGGGUCCCAUUUCUUGGAUAACAUAUGGCAAGGUCGAUGCAGUCCUCGACAUAAAAUUCCCGCGCGACGAAGAUCCGGACGCCCUCGAUGUUAUCAUUGAUGCGAUUGCCACUACUGUGGCUGAACAUAUUCCGGGGCAGCGGGAGCUCGCGAAGCCGCCCCUGACGGCUCCUACGAGGAGUACCGACAACGGCGAGACGGUUGAUGACGGGAAGCCAAAGGUGGUGAUUGACAUAGAUUUGCGGUUCAGGGAUAUCAAGGCAGCUGUGCCCAUGUUCACGAACGAUCUUUCUUAUGUGAACUCGGCAUUCGUACGGCCAAUUGUGGCGUUUAUGAAUGCCAAUCGGACCUUAAUUCCUAUUCAUUGUCGGGUUAUUCAAGAUUUGUCCGACUUCGAAGGAGCAUGGACUCUAUGGGAAACUGGCUUGUCCGAUCAGAUCGCAUUGCAGGUGUACGAUGCUUUGGCUUACCACGUCAACCAAGCAAAUUUCAACCGGCGCGUAAAGACGGUAAGUCUAUGGAGCUUGCAGAAGACAGCGGCUGCGAUCCUUUCUGCGUUGCGCACGAUGGUGGAUCCCAUGUCCAUCCAUUUGAAGGAGCUUUCGGCGAAUGGGGGUAAUCUGGUCGGGAGGUUGGAGUUCGCCAACGGAGUCGCGAUGUAGGAGAUAUUGCG